GACAAAGCUGUAAAAUAUUAAAUUAUUGAUCAUUUUACGUAUGAAAAUUGUAUGCACAAUAUUACAGUAUGACUCAUUCAACUUGUUUCUGUUGAAUGUAAAAAUGUUGUGGAAAUUGUAACACAGGAGUUACAUAAAAACAUUCCCAAGCAAAAACUGCUUUUCAAAUUCGAAUUUUAUAUAAAUCUUCUAUAAUAUAAUGGAUGAGGAAGCAUGCAGCACAAGUGCAGGGCACUCGACAGAUGUUUCAUCAAGAUAUCUUGAAUUGUGGGUUCCGAAUGACUUUCAAACUUGUUUGCCAAUGGUUGAUCCAUUGUCAAAAUUAUGCAAUGAGGCAGUGCCGAAAGAAGAUCAACCGGCGAGAUGCUUUCGUGGUCCAAUCAUUCUAGACCGUAGACAAAGAAGGCAUACUUGUGUGUACGAUUCUAAGACUUUGAGAGCAAGAAGACUAAGAAACGCUGUAUCGCUGAACAACCUUGAUUUGGUCCGUCGCUUGCUCCAAACAGGAGUCAGCGCCAACAGCAGCGACAGCCAACGCAGAAGUCCUUUACAUUUGGCCUCCUGCAAAGGCUACACACAGAUGGUGAAGCUGCUCAUCGAACACGGAGCAGACGCCAACAUCAAAGACGACUUAGGAAACACUCCCCUACACUUAGCAGCCUGCACCAACAACAUAGAAAUCAUCACCCUCCUCCUAGACGGGGGAGCUGAUGUCUCAUCCCUAGACAACUGCGGUAGAAAUCCUUUACAGUUGGCUCAGAGCAAGCUGAGGCUGAUCAUAGAAAUGAACAAGAAGAGGAUCGAGCCUCCUGAAAUGCAGAAAUUGAAAGAUCAAGUGCAACAGGUGGUCAGUAUGUUGUUGACAUUUCUGCAGAAGCAGAAGGACGCUCGAGUCGAAUUGGACGAUUUGAGUGAUAAACUUAAUAAGUUGAAAACUUCAGAAAUUAAUGAUAUUGAUGGAGAGGUUUCGAAAUUGUUGGACGACUUGCAAAUCUUAGAGAUAAAGAAGUAAGUUAAAAUGUUAGUUUGUAAAUGUUGAUUAUUUAUAAUCAUGCAAUAGAUAUAAAGAUAUAUAUUUAAGGUGAACAUUUUUACUGAAGUUACUGAUCCAUGGGGACAGUUUUAUUCAAGAGUCAGUGAUAGACAUUCUUUCAAGAUAUUAAAAAUGUGUUAUUAAUGGGGCAAUUAUGCCGUAGCAGAGCUCAUGAAAUGGCGUUGUCAUGGCAACGCAUUCUUAUGCUUGUUCAUGGUAUUGAAAAUUAUGAAAAUGUCUAUUUAUUUGCCUAUUAUUUUACAUAUAAACAAGCAAUAGAGAAUGUUAUGAUAACUGCACCAUUUAAAAUUCUGUUAUCAUAUGAUUAUUCCUUGCUUGUUCAUAUGUAAAAUACACCUGUGCACACGGCAAAUAGAUAAACAUUUUCAUAAUUUUUACUACCAAGAACAAGCAAAAAAAAAGCGUUGCUAUGACAACGCUAUUUUAUGAGUUCUGUUACGGCAGAAUUGCCCCAUAAGUAAUAUCUUGGCAUAUAAUGAGAUUACAGAUUGAUUAUAACUGC